ACGGCACCCGGCCCCGGCAUCCACCAGACACCCUCCGUGAUCCCCCCACUGUUUCUGUCGCCCCCCCCCCCUCCUCUCCUCCAACCACAUCCACCAUGGCCUCCGCUGUCGCCGUCGUUUGGAUGUUCUUCGUCUUCGCCGCCCUCACCGGGCUGGCCUGCUUCAUUAUCUCCGCGCCUUGGGGCAAAAUCUCCCCCAACAACCGCGGUGUUGGCUAUGCGAUGGCCGUUGCCACCGGCAUGUGUCUCUACCUGAUGUGGGCCAUCUGCUACCUUGCUCAGGCCAACCCUCUCAUUGCUCCCCAGCGCACUGGCUGGAUUGGCCCUGGCAUCUCCCCCUAAGCGACCAUGCGAGUGGGCGCACGAGGCAAGCACUCCUCGCGCGCUGACGCACCUUCCACCCCAUCCCCCGUCCCCCCCCCCCUCCUAUCUCCCCACCCACCCGCGAGUGGUAUCCCGCAUGCUCGGCCUCCUCCUUUUCAACACACAAACGCGUGCGCUUUUCCCUGCCCUUGUUCGACCACGCCAAUUAAAAAUAAAUACGAAACCCCUCGAUGAGAACUCCCC